AUGGCGUGCUCAACUCCCGGCUUCUUCAGUAGCGAGAUUGCAACUUGUUUAGUGGGCUCUGAUGGAACCCCAUUCCACGUCCAUGUCAAGGCACUUAAUAAAUUCCUCAAACCACGAUUGAGUGAUGAUUCCGGAGCUGAAACCAAAGGAGUUACCCUUGACUUCCAAGACGUGGACGAAACAACUUUCAAGCACUGCUGCGAGUAUGCUUAUACCGGGGAUUACUCUGUCAUUCCUGCGCCAGCGGAAGAGAAUGGGGAUAUUGAUCAGCUAAAGGAGCGCCUCUUCAACCGGGAUAACCUCACGUGCAACCUAUUUCACCCUCGAAUUUUGCCACAUUUCUACAAUAUCCUGCAGAAGUACUUGGACAAGCCCCCUAUGUUCCAGUCUUCAUCCACGGGCGUCCCAGAUGAUCUCUCAGAGAUAUAUCUAUGCCAUGCCCGUACCUACCGUCACGCAUCGAGGUCGGAUUGCCCAGCGUUAUGUGGCCUCUCGCUUUAUUACCUUACGAAGGCACUUGAGAGCCUUGUCUUGCGCCCUGAUCAAGUCAAGUAUAUCGUGAAGCUAUUUUGCUUUGUCUUCGAAGAGAGCGAAUUUAUGGACAACUUGCAGCAUAUUCUCUGUGAAUAUAUGGUGUGGAAUUUAGAGGUUUUGAUGCAGGAUUCUGGUUUUCUUGACUUCCUAGAUAGGACCCCUGAGCUCGAGAGAAUGGUGUUUCGCAGGAUGUGGACGUGGGGGACGAUAUAA